AUGGAGCCACAACGUCCUCCUCUUCGGCUCGUCAGCGAGCGUGUGGGGCUACAAGCGGUUCGGCGAUGCAAUGGUAGCAGUCUCUCGCAUCAUCCUCCUCUGCCCCACUAUGCACUACGUGGACGACUACGGCAGCACAGAGAUCACACCACGCGCCGACUCGGGAUUCCAGAAUUCCAGGCGUUCGAGGACUUCAACGGCGCCUUGGGAUACAACAUGAAGACCAGCAAACGACAACCGCCAGCCACAUCACACACGAUCCAGGGAGUGAUCAUCAGCACAGAACCACAACACAUCACAUUAACACCGUGCCCACAACGCGCACAGCAGAUGUGCGAAGACUUCUGCGAAGAGAUCCAACUAUGCCUCAAUCGUGACCAACUUGACCCAGACAAGGCCCGCCGUAUGGCUGGCAAGUGCAACUUCCUGACCGGCCGCUUAUUCGGCAAAGUCGGACGAGCACCCCUCAGGGCCAUCUACGCCAGUGCACACAGCAACAUCUCCCAACUGGGUAAACCAACCAGAUCAGCGCUACACGCACUACUAAACAUCACCCACCAUUGCAAACCCACGCGACUACCUCUGCAGAUCAAGCACAGACAAUUUGCCAUCAUCUACACCGACACAUACCACUUGGCAGGAGAAACGACACGUGCUUGGGACUUUCAAGGGAGAUUGCCGCAACAAAUUCUCCGACAGUUCAGCUCCAACACCGCCUUCAUCUACCUGUUGGAAGCCUGGGUCGCCAUCAUCGCACCACUGAUCUGCGAACCCCUCCUGGGCCAGUUCUACAUUCAGUGCUGCGACAACGAGGAUUUGGAUUUCUUUGAUCCUGGCGGCCUCCAUCCUGGUUGCAAGGCUCCUGCCUAUGGCUGGGGCGGCGUCAAACACGGCACGAUCGGCUUCUUCCUGAAGACGGACGGAAUCCGACAUGAGCUGCGGUCUUCUGAAGGGCCCAACGUGAUAGUGAAGUGGCCCACGCACGAGAUGUGGAAGGGCAAGCAAGGGGAAGUUGUCAGAGCCGAUGCACCGUCCGGACAGCAACGGCCUCCCCUGGUCCUUGACCUACAUGUACGUGCCGCCUACAGAGUUCGUGGAGGCAUCCUGGCCGACAAGAUUGGCUACGGGAAGACGGCCACCACCAUUGCGUUGAUAGACCGCCAGCCGGCGAAGCCUACUCCCCCUAUCCCUGAGGUGGACGCGGGUCGUUUCUUGCCUGCGAAGGGCACGCUCAUUAUCGUGCCAUCGAAUCUCUUCGAGCAAUGGAUCAACGAGAUCUCCAAGUUCGUUUGGGAUGGAAGGCCCUUGAGGCAGCAGAUGAAGGGCGGCUGGUCUCCGAAAGACUGCCCUCUCAAGAUUUUCGCCAUGUCCAACGUGAGCCCGCUCGGUAGAUGCAAGGCUGGGGACAUCUCCACCGCCGAUGUGGUGAUUUGCUCCUACCGCCUGCUCUAUUCCCAGAUCUACCUCAAGCGUCGAGAGGAGCUAUGCAGCGGCACGUCCUUGUGGAACCUGCCGAACCAAAUCCGCACGUUCCUGGCAGGCCAGCACGGCCUGCGAAGUGGGCGGAAGGGUGCCGAAGUGGCACAAAAGUGGCAGGACCUGGAGUUCCCUGUUCUAGAGAUGUUCUACUGGAAGCGGAUCGUCUUCGACGAGUUCCACGAGCUAGAGAGCUUCGAGAGCGCGCAGCAGAACAGCCUGCAGUUCCUCCGGUCGCACUUCCGCUGGGGACUCACAGGCACACCUCCCGUGGAGAACAACGCAGGUGCCAUUUUCAUGUCCUCGCUCUUUCGCGUGGACUUACCAGGCUACCUGCAG